GCUGGCGUCUUUGUUGUCAUUGUAGUUCACUACCAGAGUCAGCUGAGAGGGUAACAGCCACAUCCUCUGCCUCUAUAUUGCUUAUAUUCUUAAGCGCCUGCAGGUGUUAUCUGGCGGUGAGGGGCAGGAAGUGCAAGUAUCGGAAAGAUGUCAAAUAUUACAAGUCCUCAGCGAUUUUCUGGGACCUUUGACCACUUCUAUGACGGGCCCUAUGAACCAGAUAUUAGCACCCAGAUGAAGGUUCCCAAAAGAAUACGAGUCACAGGUGACAAUGAGGACGACCCCACUGUUAAUUGGGCCCGCUAUAAUGGCAUUAACGAGAAGUUUGAGAUGAAGGUGCCAGAUCGCAUUGUUGUGGCAGGUAUGAUGCUGGUCCCUGAAAGGAUCAUAUUGACAGGUGGGGAACAGCACAUAGGCACACGAGCAGUCCUCAGGGAAGUGGAGCUUGAGCAGUCAAUCAUGCCUCAGCCCGACCCUACGCUAUACAGAGUACAGAACCCUCCACAAACAAUAACACUGGAUGCGUAUACAUACCCUGGCACCGAGGACAUCUCUCCGGCCGCAGAAGACCGUGAGAGCAGCACCCCAGGGUCAAUCCCAACUAUUCUUCCACGUAACAGCAACUCCUUUAUACAUCCUGUCGAAGAUCUGGAACUGGGGCCAGAGAAGAAUUCAGGCUACAUGUUUCAGGUUUCUGAAGGGCAUGAAAGUGGCACUCCAGUGUUUACCACAGACCUGAGCCCAAGUGAAGAGGUGUCUCUACUGAGACGGCAAGUUGGACGCCUCAAUCGUCGUGUGAUGGCUCUCGAGCUUGAUACCCAACAACGUGCAAAUCGGGAAAUGAUAAUGUACACACUUGGGGUUGCUUACUUCCUCAUUAAGGCUUUGUUAUGGCUGAACAGAAACUGAGAAGGUGGGGGAAGACCUAUAUUGUUGUACCAUAAACAAAAUUCUUAGGAAAUUUUAGUUUGGUGUUGCUCAGUGCUGGAAGUUUGCUGUUUUUCGUUUGGGUAAGCUCGGAUUUUUUUUAAUUUAGGUCUGAGCAUUAUGGCAAGGAACAGCUGUAUCUUCUCCACUAGUCAGAAACACUCAAGUUAUUCUUUUGAUGUACUGAAAUGUUACUAAAGCCAGGUAACUUGCAAUGAAAGUUAGCCUGUAAUGCAAGGUUACACGUAACAUGUAAAACGAGUUUCAGAGUAACUUGUAAUGCCAGAUAACCUAGAGAUAGAGGCAUGUUAUUGUUGUACCUUUCAUAAAUAAACUUGGCUAAUCCUUUUCUAGAAUUAAUGGUGCAAAUACUUAAAAGAAAACUUGGGAAAUGUUAAUAUUUUGUUUGUAAUAUAAACCAGCUUUUUGAAGCCAAAAACUUCAAUUUUAAUACAGUACAAGCAAAUGCAGAAUAAAACAUUGCAAGAAAAGUCAACACAGUAUAUAAAAUUAAGCUGUCAAGUAUUUAUAGGCUAUAUGCAGUAGUAUGUGAUUUACAGUGCACAAGGAGACUAUAGUUAACAUUGUUGUUGCAGAGUAAAGUAAUUUGCAGAGCUAAAAAAAAAAGUUAUGUUGUAUGUUGAAUUUGUAUUGUUAAUAAUUACAUUGCAUAUAUAAGGGCAAAUGUGUGAGCGUAUUGCUAGUUUUCUCAGCGUUGGGUAACUGUUAUAUUUUAUGGGCUCAUUUACCUUUCAGGUUUAUGCUAUAGAUUGAUACUUCAAAUAUUUGUAUUGGAUUUUGUACACUCCUACUGGUGUAAUCAUCCCGUGUUUUUGGGACCAAUACUGGCAUUGUAUUAGGUCAUUUAACUUAUAAUUAACGAACCACAUAUUAAGUAGUACUAAUACAAUGCCAUUGUUACACCUUAAACAUCCAAUUUAGAGGGACACAACAUUUAUAUUUUAUUGGUGAAGUGCAUGGGUCAUAUGGGGAUCUUAGGUAGCACUUCUAUUGUAUUUUAAAGAAUACAGUGAAGUACUAUAUAUACUGUAUAUACAAGAUCAGAUGAGUGGUUAAUUUUUUCAACAAUAUUUACUGGCAUGUAAUGAAACGGCAUAGCCACCCCUUAGGCAUUAUAGCAUUGUGAUAUUUUGUAAUAAAUUUCUAUGUAUUGUUUGGAACAGCUUAAUACAUGUAUAAUACAAGGUCUUGUAUAAUGCUAAUGACUCAAGCACUGUUCAGCAUUGUUUAUGGUUGUGCUGCUCUUGUUUAUUUUCUUGCAGCUGUUCUUUUUGUCAAAUCAAAAUCUACGAACUUGUUUAGUGCAUAAUAAUGAUAGCUUGAAACUUGCAGAACAUUCACUACCUGUGAUUUUUUAACUUCACUUUGAUACAGUUUGAAUAGUGGUGUGAGCUGUACUGUGGAAAUUGCAAUUAUUGUAACAUCUGCCAAUGUUUGCCUUAGAUACGAGAUACUUUCCCGUAAGGCAAAAUUUUAUUAUGCUGCAAAAUAAACUUCCCUGUGAAUUGUAUAAUAAAAAAAUUUUAAUUAUCAAAAUUUUAUUUUUUGUGUAGUUUGCAUUGUAGAUUAGUUUUUUUUCCUUGUGAUUAGUUAUAUCAGUAGAUAUUAGUUUAUAAUAAUGAAAUUUGUAUAUAUUUCAUAAACUUGUGUCAUACUAUCUUUGAUACACACUCGGUGUCAUUAUACUGAUUUUGUUACACGCUGGAUAUCAUUAUACCAACUUUGAUAUAGGCCAAUUAUCAUUAUAUCAUCUUUAAUGCACACUGUGGAGGGGGGAAGAAAAUACCUCCUAAUAAAAAAACAAAUUUACAAUUAUCUAUAACAACUCCUCUCUUAAAUUCUUCUCAAAUUGAUCUUGAUACCAAAGUCUGACAUUUUCCACUUACCGUAAUUGGUCACACUGCUACAUCUUGAAAUAAAUUGUCUUCACUCUAUAUAUUUAGGCAUUGUCUCUAGCUUAUAAAAUUAAGAGACGAUGGAGGAGUUAAGCAUGAAUGCUUUAGAACAUUAAUGUGAAAGCAUUUGUUUGGCACCUGUUAUUGAGGGAUCUUAUCAUUGUGUGUGCCUAUGCAACAUUCAUCGGGUUUUAUAAUAUUAAUACUGAUAAAACACUGAAGGAAAAAUCAUUCACUCUGGAAAGUUAGUUUUUUUUUUUUUGCUUCUUGAAGUUAACCUUGAAAUUUCUAUGACUUUAAUCAAGAUUUCAUUUUAAUGCAAGAGUUUAAAUUGCACUAAAUUAAUAAUAAUAAAAGUAGCAAAAUGAGGCAGUGCAUGAUAAGAUAAUUUUUUGGGGCAAGUGUGUGUGAAACUACUAUUCCAAAACGAGGGCAAAAUUUAACAUGUAAAGAAGAUUUUAAUCCAUGGUAAAGUUGCUUCAUUACUUAUGAUUGCCAUGGAUAAUCAAGACCAACCAGUUUUAUUUACUUAAUAUUUUACUUUGAGUCAGGUGUGUAUAUUUGUGAUCUGUGUAAUACUGUAUUUCAUUAUGAAGUUCAUUUAUUAAAAGGUCUUACAUGACACGUCAUUUCAAAUAAAACCUGCUCUGGAUUCGGUGUUUGUGUCUAUAUUGUUGUUGGGACUUUUCAACCAUCAAGCCAUUGUUUAUUCAUUUGAAAGCUAUUACUUACUUAACUUUGUGCUUUCACACGUUAUCGAGAAAUACUUUGGUAUUGGUAAUAAGCAGAGGGGUAAUUAGGCAGUGGGAGGUGUCUAAGACAACCUUCCUUGAUUAUUUGUAUGUAUGCAUCAGGAUUGUCUUCUUGUGCAUUCAUUAAAAAUGUUUUAAAUUUGAUAAAUGCCUUAGAUUAUUUUUCAAGUUAGAUAUAAUUAUUUAUAUAGUUACAGUAUUACUAUCUUUUGUUAAUGCAGUAUUUGGCAAGGUGGAAAUUUUGCAGUACAGGAGUUAAUGAAAAUAAAUACUGCAUUUUAUAAACAUUUGUUCUAAAAAUGAUGUUUAGUGAAUUUUCAUUGGAUAAAGAUUUUGUUUUUAAAUAGUUUCCUUUUAUUAUUUUAUUAUGGAAGAACCACAAAGCUCUGACAGGAUUGUGAGGUUGGCUAUUAGUCUUUAUUUUCCACUUUGGUGUUUUGACUUGUUGCCAUUUAUAGAAGGAUCUUUCUAGUACUUGGUGAAAUAUAUAUGUUUAGAUUGAAAUUUGUCACUGAAGCAGUAUUCAACUACAGGUCAGUCCUGUAGUUGAAUAUUUAAAAUGCCAUUAUUCAUAAGAUCUACAUUUGCUUUUCAGUUUAUUUCUACAUUGAUUGGCAGAUUUUGGAACUGAAGGACUUAUCCAGGGUCUAGAAAUCUUCGAGGAGACUAAUUAUACUACUCUAUUAGAUAGUUGAAUGUUGUUAUUGAGUAUUUUAUAUAAAUUUUACAAGUUAACUCCAUAUUACAAAAUAAUUGGGUAUUGCAAGCCUGACACAUCUAGGUGAUAAAAAAAAACUUUUGGUCAAUUGUAUACUUGAUUUAAAGCAGCAAAAGUCUUCCAGAGUUUGUAGUGUUGUGUUAAACGUGAGCAGUAUAUUCAGCAAUGAUAGUCCUCCUUUAUAAGGUCCUGCUCUGUCUUGGCAAUCACUUGGACUGAUCAGUAGAGCAACAUCUUCCUGGGUUGACAUUCGACUCCUGAUGGUCCAAGUGACUUGGCACUGCCCCUUCACCUCUUCCUCAUUUCCCAACUCCUUGUUCAGUCCCUUCAAAGUCCUAUAUAGUCAUAUUGGGGCUUUUUGCAGAUAAUUACCUUACCUUGGGUAAUUGGGAGUUGGUCGGCCUAGCAGACAGCACGCUGGACUUGUGAUCCUGUGGUCCUGGGUUCGAUCCCAGGUGCCGGCGAGAAACAAUGGGCAGAGUUUCUUUCACCCUGUGCCUCUGUUACCUAGCAGUAAAAUAGGUACCUGGGUGUUAGUCAGCUGUCACGGGCUGCUUCCUGGGGGUGGAGGGCUGGUCGAGGACCGGGCCGUGGGGACACUAAAGCCCCGAAAUCAUCUCAAGAUAACCUAUCUAAGGUUUGUAUUAGUUGAUCAUUUCAGGUGUUGAGUAGCUAAAACACAGUUGGAAAUGUAUGUAUUUUAUUACCAAGAAUAAAUAUCUUGCUGUAACAUGUGGCAGAAAUUUUAAUUUAAAAAAUUGUAUUUCCACAAGAAUAUACAUUAUUUUUAUGGUUUACAUUAUAAAUUUGCAAUACAGUACUUUGUUUAUACGAGGCAAAUUCUCUCUAGGUAGAGGUUUGUUACUUUUUGCAAUUUAUAAUACUGUGCAAUAUUUAAGAACUUGUGUACUGUCCCUAAAGUUUUUAUCUAAAAGACAUAAACAGUGCUCCAUGUUAUCUUGCUUCAGAAUAUUUGCUGCAUCCUGAUAUUAUUCCUUUUAAAUCAAAAUGAAAAUGGAUUUGAAUUAGUAACUGUGUAAAGAAAACUGGAAAUGUUAUCAAUUGUAAGUUAUUAUCAUAUUUUGUUUUUUUAGUAUGUCUCAUCAAACAUUUAUUGAAAGUUUUGUAGAAGGUAAACAUGAUUUUAAGGAUGUAAAUACAAUGGACCAAAAAUACAUGCUACACCCACUGGCAUAUGGUAUGUACUGUGAACGAGCAUAAGGUAACUGCAACCUGUUGUGCAAUGGUUCGCACCCUUGACCUCUUAUCUUUCAAGUGAGAAUGACCCAGGUUUAAACUCAAGCAGGAUUGAGAAUCAUUACUUUAUUAUUUAUCCCUUUUAAUCUAGUAAUAAUUGGCAACUGGAUAAGUUUACUGGCACUGUAGGGCCAUUGAUGACAACAAAAAACUGUAUAGUAUUGCAUUAGAGUACAUACAGCUUUUGACCUCCAAAUAGUGUUACUAGUACUAUUUGUAUUUCUUUAAAACCUUUAUUUGGUAUGUUAUUUAGAGGCAACACAACACAUGUGAACCAAUUAUGAUUAAAGUUAUGAUGGGGUGUAUUUUUAUAUUCAGAAUAUCCACAACAAAAUAAAUUUAGAUAGGCCUAUUCUCCUAUGCUUUCCAGAUACAGGGUAGUUUAUUGUGUUAGGAUCUGUCUUCAUGCUUUCAUUGUUAAACUUGAAUCUUUUGUCAUUAAUAAGUGAUUAAACUACCAGAAUCAUUGCAGCAAAUAAAUGUGUUUGCUAUUUCUUUUAAAUACACUUAAACAACAUAAUUGCAGCAAUAAGUGUCCUUUGUAAAUAUGCAAUAUUUGGAACACUAUUGGUUACUAGUAUUUUUUUGUUUUUUUAAAGUGAAUGUAAUGAAUGUAUAAUAAUGCUACCAAGAAUUACUUUAUUUUUUUAGAACACAUGCACUAAUGAAGAUCAGAUAAUCGCUAUUUUUUUGGAUCUUGAAUUUGUUUCAUCAUACAUAACUGUUUACAUAUGCUGUACAUCAUCUUAAUAAAAUUUUGUAACGAACCUUUAGGAAAACCAAAAUAUAAAUUUGAGUGCAUGAUUACUUGAUGUAUUAAACUCUAAUCAAGUUAUAUUUGUUUAUACAUUUAUGUAAUAACCAAGGUUUGAUGCCUUUUUUUUUAUAAUUAUUUACUUGUAUGAUAACCAUAUGAAGUGAACAGGCUGAUAUUCCUUUAGCAAUAUCUGUUUGUGUGUAUGUAUAUAAAUAAAUAAAUAUAUAUAUACAUACUGUAUAUUUAUAUAUAUACACACAGCAUGCUAGACUUCAUUCCACAAUAUUUUUGGAUACUUUAUUCAGAUUUUUUCUUUGUGCAUAGUCUUGUUCUUAAACAAUGUUCCCGUGACCAAGUACAUUAUACAGUUUGGCAUAAGUGGCAGACAGUUGGACCUCAUUAGUGAAAUAUUCUGAGUGUAUUACAGUACAGUACUUCUUGGGUACACUCGGUUGGUGUAAGAUAAUUCCUUGUACAUAUAUGUCUUUCCUCAGGAGUGCAUUGGCUUGUUAAAGUAUAAUGGAUAUACUAGGCACAUUUUCCAGAGAGAGAGAGAGUGGAGAAGAGGCUAGUAUGUUAUUUUUUUGUUCUUGGAUAUCUAGUCAGCCUCUUAAUCAUUAAUUUCUUGUAGACCUAGAUUUUUGUAUGCAGUUUAUAGAAUAAAAUGUAAAAAGUGUCUGGGUUGGCUCGCUGUUAAUAUUUUUAGUAAGAUAAAGUAUUGAUAUAUGCUGGCAUUACAGUGUGUGUACUGGGCUGUAAUUGUAUGCUCAUUUGAAUGAUUCACUAGAAAAUAAAAUAGUUAUGCAAUAGGUAA